CAGGAUGGAGGAGAAGGGAUUGCGGCGUGACCUUACCCCAUUGGGAGGGGUGCCUUCCCUUCCCCAUCUUUCUCUGGUGAAUGCACACACCCCCUGGCAACUAAAGGGGAAAAAAAAAAAGAAGAAAGAUGGAAAGUGCAUUUUACACCAGUGAUGUCCUGUAGAAACAUAAUUCCUUAGAAUGUGGCAUUUAUUUUAUACUUACAGAACAUCCCAGUUGGACUAGCUACUCUCAUGUACUCAGUAACCACACGUGGCCAGCACAGCUUCAGAACAGGGGCAGAUGAACUAAUCGGAAGUCUUGUGAACCAAGCUAAGGAAUUUUACUUCAUCCUGAAGGCGCGGUCCUCAGUCUGAGUCUAUGUGAAGACACUAUCUGACACUCAGAGGAACUCUACAAGGUCUCUGCUUAAGAUGGAAUUUACGCUGUAGACAUUUCUCUGUGGCUUAUAUCAAUAAACCUGAGGAAAAGAUCAUUGAGGUCAUUCAUAAGGAAGGAAGAGGCAGCAAUGGCACAAUGCCUGGAGCCGGGCCAGUUAAGCCAGUAAACAUUGUGUUCCUCAGAAAAUGAGUUAAAUAAUGAGAGGCAAGGAGGAAAAGACAUUUCGCUUGGAAAGACAAGGAAAGACCUUUGAAAUUUUAGAAGAAUGUUAAUGCUAGCUGCUAAAGCCACCUUUGUCACUAGAAUGGAUGAAGUGCUUCGUAUUUGAAAGAAGUUGAUUCAGCUACGACCUGACCCUGGGAGAGGAAUGGCAGAAGGAGAGACUGAGAAUCCUUAGAAGAGCUGCUGUAGCACAGAGGGGAGGUGAAAACCAACGGACGGAAGUUUUGCCAUGCACUGAAGGAAGAGCAUUGCCUGUGAAUUCCUAUUUUUAAAAAUGUCUGCUUGUAACUCCUUCACUGAACACGUGUGGAAACCUGGUGAAUGCAAGAAUUGCUUUAAACCUAAAAGCUUACACCAGCUCCCCCCAGACCCUGAGAAAGCACCCGUCACCCAUGGCAAUGUGAAAACUAAUGCCAAUCACAGUAACAACCACCGCGUCAGGAACACCGGAAAUUUCCGGCCUCCUGUGGCUAAAAAACCCACUAUAGCUGUGAAGCCCACUAUGAUGGUGGCAGAUGGGCAGAGUGUGAGUGGUGAGCUUAGCAUCCAUGAACACUGCGAGAAUAAGCCUGUCGUCGUGGGGUGGAACCGAAACAGGACUGCCUCGAGCCAGAAACCACUGAACAAUAAUAAUGAAGACGAUGUUGAAGGAUUUAGCCACAUGCCUAAGCCUUAUGGCACUAAUGAGAGUGCAAAGAAGAUAUCGAAUAACAACAACGGACUCACCGAAGUGUUGAAGGAGAUCGCAGGCUUGGAUACCACCCCUCAGAUACGAGGAAGUGAGACAGACGCCAGAGAAACGUUCUUAGGAAGAAUAAAUGAUUGCUAUAAGCGGUCCUUGGAAAGAAAGCUGCCUCCGAGUUGCAUGACAGGUGGGAUGAAGGCUACUCAGGGCAAGCGUGUCAUUCUGAGUGGGAGCACAGAAGUGAUCAGUAAUGAAGGGGGUCGGUUCUGUUACCCAGAGUUCUCCAGCGGUGAGGAGAGUGAGGAAGACGUGCUUUUCAGUAACGUGGGCGAGGAGCACGAGAGCUGGGACGAGAGUGAUGAGGAGCUGCUGGCCAUGGAGAUCCGCAUGAGAGGGCAACCUCGCUUCGCUAACUUCCGGGCAAACACUUUGUCCCCUGUUCGAUUCUUUGUGGCCAAAAAAUGGAAUACCGUCCCCCUGCGAAAUAAGUCUCUGCAGAGAAUCUGUGCUGUAGACUAUGACGACAGCUAUGAUGAAAUCCUAAACGGGUAUGAGGAAAAUUCUGUGGCCUCCUAUGGACAAGGAAGUGUUCAGAGCAUGGUGUCAUCCGAUUCCACAUCUCCAGAUUCUUCCUUAACGGAAGAGUCUCGUUCUGAGACAGCCAGUAGUUUAUCCCAGAAGGUUUGUAAUGGAGGAGUAUCACCUGCUAAGCCAGCAGACGCUAAGGACAUGAAGGAAAUUGAGCCCAACUAUGAAAGUCUCUCUAGUAAUAACCAGGAGACAGACUCAUCACAGGCUUCCAAAAGUCCAAUCAGAGUUCCAGAGACACACAAAGCAGUCCUUGCCCUCCGGUUAGAAGAGAAGGAUGGCAAGAUCGCUGUGCAAACCGAGAAGCAGGAAAGUAAAGCCUCUGCAGAUAUCGGCGGGCAAGCAGUAACCAUUAACCUCGUCCCCGUGGAAGAGCAAGCGAGGCCCUACCGAGUUGUCAACCUGGAGCAGCCAUUGUGCAAGCCGUACACCGUGGUGGAUGUGUCGGCAGCCAUGGCCAGUGAGCACCUCGAGGGCUCCGUCAGCAGCCCCAAGACGAAGGGCGCAUCUUCUACUCCCAGCUCCCCAGUGACGUCACCUGCAUCGACGCCAGGACAGAUGAGUGCCCAUUUCCAGAAGUCCAGUGCGAUCCGGUACCAGGAGGUCUGGACUUCCAGCACCAGCCCACGACAAAAGAUCCCUAAAGUGGAAUUAAUUACUGGUGGAACUGGACCAAAUGUCCCUCCGAGGAAAACCUGCCACAAAUCAGCACCUACUUCACCCACAGCUACAAACAUUUCCUCCAGAACCAUUCCUGUGAAGUCACCCAACUUGUCUGAAAUCAAAUUUAAUAGUUACAACAAUGCUGGCAUGCCACCUUUUCCGAUCAUCAUUCAUGACGAGCCGACCUACGCUCGGAGUUCCAAAAAUGCCAUCAAAGUUCCCAUCGUCAUCAAUCCCAAUGCGUAUGACAAUCUAGCCAUCUACAGAAGUUUUCUGGGAACAAGUGGGGAACUGUCAGUGAAGGAAAAAACCACGAGCAUAAUAAGCCAUACUUAUGAAGAAAUAGAAACUGAAAGCCAAGUGUCCGACGCCACCACUGCCAAAGCCCCCGAGGGUCCCCAAGCCAAAGGCUUUUCAAACAGCACAGAGCGGAAAAGGGGCUCGGUGGCUCAGAAGGUUCAGGAGUUCAACAGCUGCCUCAACAGAGGUCAGUCUUCACCACAGAGGAGCUACAGUUCCAGCCACAGCUCGCCAGCCAAGAUCCAGAGAACCACUCAGGAGCCCACGGCCAAGGCAGACGGCUCCCCGGACUCGCAGGCGGCAGGCGGCAACAGCUCCCGGGAGAAAGCAAGCACGGUGCUUUCUCAGAUCGUGGCUUCCAUCCAGCCCCCACAGUCUCCUCCAGAAACACCUCAGUCUGGCCCUAAAGCUUGCAGUGUGGAGGAACUUUAUGCCGUCCCCCCCGAUGCCGAUGCUGUGAAGAGCACACCUAAGGGUACACCUGUCAGGCCCAAAUCGCUCUUUACCGCCCAGCCGGGUGGUGAGGCGGAAACACCUCAGGCCACCGAAAACCCUACCACCAAAGUGCAGAAAGAUCCCCUGGCAAAGCCAGUCACCUCCCCGACCCCCAAAUUAGUGACCAGUCCCCAAAGUGAGCCACCACCUCCCUUUCCCCCGCCACGCUCGACCUCCUCCCCUUACCAUGCAAGUAACCUUUUGCAGAGACAUUUCACCAACUGGACCAAGCCCACCAGCCCUACCAGAUCAACAGAAGCGGAGUCCGUUUUGCACUCUGAAGGCAGCAGGCGUGCAGCUGAUGCGAAGCCCAAACGCUGGAUAUCGUUCAAAAGCUUCUUCCGCCGCCGGAAAACAGAUGAGGAGGAUGACAAGGAGAAGGAGCGAGAGAAGGGGAAACUGGUGGGCUUGGACGGCACGGUCAUCCACAUGCUCCCCCCACCUCCAGUCCAGCGCCAUCACUGGUUCACAGAAGCCAAAGGAGAGGCCAGCGAGAAGCCAGCCAUUGUCUUCAUGUACAGGUGCGACCCUGCCCAGGGCCAGCUGAGCGUGGACCAGAGCAAGGCUGCGGCGGACCAGGCACCAGCCCCAGAGAAGGGCAGGGCAGAGGACGCGUUGUCCCAGGGCCCGGAGAAGAAAAAAAGGAGCCAUUCCUCCCCAUCACAGGUUCCUAAAACACUUCUCAGUCAUGUGACCCAUGGAGUGACAGAGGAUGUUUCUCCUCGGGACCCAAGCACUGUGGUUGUGAAACAGGAUGGAGGGGCCUGCACUUCAGUCACACCAGCAUCGCCCCCGCCAGAACUGGAAAGAGAAGAGGAAAAAGAUGGUGUUUCAGAGCCCACGGACCUGAACCCCUGUAGCGCGACGUACAGCAACUUAGGGCAAUCCAGAGCAACCAUGAUACCUCCCAAGCAUCCACGGCAGCCCAAGGGAGCUUUGGAUGAUGCCAUUGCCUUUGGGGGAAAAACAAACCAAGAAACACCUAAUGCCUCCCACCCCACACCACCCCCACUGCCAAAGAAAAUGAUCAUAAGAGCCAAUACAGAACCAAUCUCCAAAGACCUCCAGAAGUCCAUGGAAAGUAGUCUUUGUGUCCUGGCUAAUCCCACCUAUGAUAUCGACCCCAACUGGGAUGCCAGCAGCGCGGGCUCUUCCAUCAGCUCUGAACUCAAGGGACUGGACAUUGAGUCUUACGACUCCUUGGAGAGACCUUUGCACAAAGAGAGACCUGUCCCCUCAGCAGCAAACAGCAUCUCCAGCUUAACCACUCUCAGUAUUAAGGACAGGUUUUCCAACAGCAUGGAGUCUCUGUCCAGCCGGCGUGGUCCCUCUUGCAGGCAGGGCCGAGGUAUCCCGAAGCCACAGAGACAAGCACUUUAUCGAGGACUUGAGAAUCGGGAGGAAGUGGUGGGUAAAAUCCGAAGCCUUCAUACAGAUGCCUUGAAGAAACUGGCCAUCAAAUGCGAAGACCUCUUCAUGGCCGGGCAGAAAGACCAGCUCCGUUUUGGGGUGGACAGCUGGUCAGACUUCAGGCUAACCAGUGACAAACCAUGUUGCGAGGCCGGGGAUGCAGUUUACUACACUGCUUCGUAUGCAAAAGAUCCACUCAAUAACUAUGCAGUCAAGAUAUGUAAGAGCAAAGCUAAAGAAUCUCAGCAGUACUAUCACAGCUUGGCUGUCCGGCAGAGUCUGGCUGUCCAUUUUAACAUCCAGCAGGACUGUGGUCACUUCCUUGCUGAAGUCCCUAGCCGUCUGCUUCCCUGGGAGGAUCCGGAUGCCCCUGAAAAAGAAGAGGAUGAAACGGAAGAGAGUGAAGGAGAGGCGAAAGGAGACACCGAUAGGAAAAACCCAGACUCCUGCUCCGAAGCAGAGUCAUCCAAGAAAGAGAGCCAGGGAGUCGUGAGCCGGAAGCAGAGGAGCCAUGUCGUGGUCAUCACCAGAGAGGUCCCCUAUCUCACCGUGGCUGACUUCGUGCGAGCCUCUCUGGCCCAGCAUGGGAAGAGCCCCGAUUUGUACGAGAGACAAGUGUGCCUGCUGCUUUUACAGCUGUGCUCCGGCCUGGAGCACCUCAAACCCUACCAUGUCACCCACUGCGACCUCCGCCUGGAGAACCUGCUGCUUGUCCACUACCAGCCCGGCGCAGCCACUGUGGGCCUUAGGCCUGUGGAGCUCAGCCCCGCCGCGUCUUGCCCCAACAGGCUUAUAGUGAGCAACUUCUCUCAGGCCAAGCAGAAGAGCCACCUGGUGGACCCCGAGAUCCUCCGGGACCAAUCGCGCCUCGCUCCAGAGAUCAUCACUGCUACCCAGUAUAGAAAGUGUGACGAGUUCCAGACAGGCAUCCUCAUCUACGAGAUGCUGCACCUGCCCAACCCCUUCGACGAGAACCCAGAGCUCAAGGAGAAGGAGUACACGCGCACAGACCUGCCCCGCAUCCCGCUCCGCUCCCCCUACUCCCGGGGCCUGCAGCAGCUGGCCAGCUGCCUCCUGAACCCCAACCCCUCCGAGCGGAUCCUCAUUUCAGAUGCUAAAGGCAUCCUCCAGUGUCUGCUGUGGGGCCCCCGCGAAGAUCUCGUCCAGACCCUCACCGCCUCCCCUAGCCUGGUGCAGAGGAACGCCCUGCUCCAGAACUGGCUGGACAUCAAGCGAACGCUGCUGAUGAUCAAGUUUGCCGAGAAGUCCCUGGACAGGGAGGGCGGGGUGAGCCUUGAGGACUGGCUCUGUGCUCAGUACUUGGCUUUUGCCACCACAGACUCCCUGGGUUGUAUUGUGAAAAUCCUGCAGCACCGUUAGUGCGUCCCGGAUGCUGCCUCUACUGCAUUCUCACCUUCUGUCGCCCGCAUACUUCCCCUCCCUAGUAUUACACACAGUUCCAGGAAAGAGACAGGACAGACCUUCCGUCCCUCUCCAUGAACAGAUGAAUCCGUUCAGAAAGGUUACCCACAGCUCCAAGUCAAGCGAGAAGCCGAGCCUGUCUCGACCGCACAGAAAUUCAGCCGCAUAAAUGUACACUUGCCUUCCCUCAGAACACCUUCCAUGCUGGUAGUCCCCAGAGAGAGGGAAAAGGCAUGUCCCCGAAGGGACAGCUCCUUUGGUGUGUGCGCAGUGAGCUGUGUCCGGGUCCUCCAUAAUUCUAAAUGCCACCCAUCCUUUUAAGCACCCAGUAUUUAUUCCACUAGCAAUAGACAGACUUAGCCCAUCCGUGGUCAUCAGUAAGCUCUCACAACAGACGUCCUUCCUUCAAAGUAUCAGUAACUGACUCUUCCACCAGACAGAUCUGCCAUCCUCGUGUCAGCCCAGUCACGAGGAUCUCUAGCUUUGUUCCAGCAGAUCGUAGAAAGGAAAGGAGACGCCUCGUCCCUUGGGCCGAGACCCGUUUUCAUUUCUCUUGUGGAUAAGUGUGGGCGCUGCAUGGAGGGCGACCCUCAUAGUCUCCCCUCAACUGCCACUGCCUGAUUCUCCUUCACCUCUGCUUUAUCCCCACUCGCCAGUGAAGUUCAGGUUCGUCUGCCACUUGUGGCCCAUCACAGAGUUGUCCCGAGGUGGCGUCUCUAGUGCCUAAGGGGGUGGGUGCAGGUCAGAGCUUGUGAGGAGCUGCAGGACACGAGGCGGUGAUUUUCUUCAUGUGCAAUUCUCUGGGGGCCAUCAGGGAACGGAGUUUAAAGUCCCGUCCUUUGAUUACUGGCAGAGCUGCCAGUGUUGGCAGCCAGGGCUGGCAGUGCCCAGAUCAGUUUUCCCCCAAGCAGUCGUUGGCCAGAUUCCCUCUCUCAGUAGCCAGUGUUAACCAGUCUACCAAAUGCUGUAGACACAGCCCUGAGUGAAGAGCUGUCAGUCAGGCUCUAAGAUCUCCUUAGAGAGAGGGCACAGCGAGGCCAGCUGUUGGGGUGGCCUGGAGGCAGGGGACGGGGGAGGGGAGGGGGAGGAGGCCUCUGACAAGCCUGCUGGCCUCCUGAGAGAGCUACCUUCUGCAGAGACCGCCUCCCCGUAUACGUGUUACCUCACUCCUUGUGGCUCAGACGUGGCUCACGGGCACAGUGAUGGCUGAGGUGGUUGCCGGGGCUGUUCACUGUGUGUGGGGCCCAUGCCCCUCUCCUAUGGAUAUAUGUGCAAUUCUUAUGUGUGUUUUUAGUUGUAUAUUACAGUGUUUAUGUUGCAACUUCA